CCCCCCCAAAAAAAAACCCCUAAAAGGCACCUCCUCCACAUUUUGCUCCCCUUCCUUGGGGGUUCUUGGCUCUCCGGUAACGGGUUUUGACCUGGUUACAUGCCAUCUGGAAGCGCUGAUUAUUUCAAAGUUCCACCAGCCUGCAGCUCCUCACUGUACCUUGCUUCGGGAGAUCAUGGAAUGUCUGUGUGAAUUCUGGAGAUAUUUGUUCUCCCUGUCAUCGUGCUUCCGGCGAUUUCCUCUGGUGUUGAGGGCAAGCUAAGAGGAUGAAGGCGCCAAGUGCCCAGAGGAAGCAUGAUAUGGCGCAGCGGAGCCGGUGCUGAAGUGCUCUCUCUGAUGGCUCUAUGGGAGUGGAUAGCCCUGAGUCUGCAUUGCUGGGUGUUUGCCGUUGCUGCCGUCUCCGACCAGCAUGCCACAAGCCCCUUCGACUGGCUCCUGUAUGACAAGGGACCCUUCCAUCGCUCACAGGAAUAUACUGAUUUUGUGGACCGAAGCCGGCAGGGAUUUAGCACAAGAUACAAGAUAUACAGGGAGUUUGGCCGCUGGAAAGUAAAUAACCUGGCAGUUGAGAGAAGAAAUUUCCUCGGCUCCCCUCUGCCUCUUGCCCCCGAAUUCUUCCGUAACAUCAGACUUUUGGGACGUCGGCCUACCCUUCAGCAAAUCACAGAAAACCUUAUCAAGAAAUAUGGGACCCAUUUCUUGGUCUCCGCUACUCUGGGAGGAGAGGAGUCGCUCACCAUUUUUGUGGACAAGCGGAAGCUGAGCAAAGGAUUGGAAGGAGCUGACUCCGGUGCCAACAGCUCCUCGGUCACCCUGGAGACGCUGCAUCAGCUCGCUGCCUCCUACUUCAUCGACAGGGACAGCACCCUGCGGAGGCUGCACCACAUCCAGAUUGCAUCCACUGCCAUAAAGGUAACAGAAACACGGACGGGUCCCCUGGGCUGCAGUAACUAUGACAACCUAGAUUCUGUCAGCUCUGUUCUGGUCCAAAGUCCUGAGAAUAAGAUUCAGUUGCAAGGCCUGCAGGCUCUCCUCCCCGACUAUCUUCAGGAGCGUUUUGUGCAGGCAGCUCUGAGCUACAUCGCCUGCAACUCCGAGGGAGAAUUCAUCUGCAAGGACAAUGACUGCUGGUGUCAGUGUGGCCCCAGAUUCCCAGAAUGCAACUGCCCCUCCAUGGACAUCCAAGCCAUGGAAGAGAAUCUGCUUCGGAUAACGGAGACCUGGAAAGCCUACAACAGCGACUUUGAGGAGUCAGAUGAAUUCAAGUUCUUUAUGAAAAGGCUGCCCAUGAAUUAUUUCCUCAACACGUCUACCAUCAUGCACUUGUGGACAAUGGAUUCUAAUUUUCAGCGCCGCUACGAACAACUGGAGAACAGCAUGAAACAACUUUUCCUGAAGGCGCAGAGAAUUGUGCACAAGCUCUUUAGCCUCAGCAAGAGGUGUCACAAACAGCCCCUCAUCAGCCUGCCAAGACAAAGAACCGCCACCUACUGGCUCACGCGCAUCCAGUCCUUCCUCUACUGCAACGAGAACGGGCUCCUGGGCAGCUUCUCGGAGGAGACGCACUCCUGCACCUGCCCCAGCGACCAGCUAGCCUGCACGGCCGCCCUGCCCUGCACCGUGGGCGACGCGGCCGCCUGCCUGGCCUGCGCCCCCGACAACCGCACCCGCUGCGGCGCCUGCAACACGGGCUACAUGCUGAGCCAGGGCCUGUGCAAGCCCGAGGUGGCCGAGUCCACCGACCACUACAUCGGCUUCGAGACCGACCUGCAGGACCUGGAGCUGAAGUACCUGCUGCAGAAGGCGGACCGGCGCCUGGAGGUGCACGCCAUCUUCAUCAGCAACGACAUGCGCCUCAACAGCUGGUUCGACCCCUCGUGGCGCAAGCGCAUGCUGCUCACCUUGAAGAGCAACAAGUACAAGUCCAGCCUGGUGCACAUGAUCCUGGGCCUGUCACUGCAGAUCUGCCUGACCAAGAACAGCACCCUGGAGCCCGUGCUGGCCGUGUACAUCAACCCGUUCGGGGGCAGCCACUCGGAGAGCUGGUUCAUGCCCGUCAGCGAGGACAGCUUCCCCGACUGGGAGCGGACUCGGCUGGACCUGCCCCUGCAGUGCUACAACUGGUCCCUGACGCUGGGCAACACGUGGAAGACCUUCUUCGAGACGGUGCACAUCUACCUGCGGAGCCGCAUCCGCUCCAGCGGCCCCAACGGCAACGACAGCGUCUACUACGAGCCGCUGGAGUUCAUCGACCCGGCCCGCAACCUGGGCUACAUGAAGAUCAACCACAUCCAGGUGUUCGGCUACAGCAUGCACUUCGACCCCGAGGCCAUCCGGGACCUGAUCCUGCAGCUGGAUUACCCCUACACGCAGGGCUCCCAGGACUCGGCGCUGCUGCAGCUGGUGGAGAUCAGGGACCGGGUCAACAAGCUGUCGCCGCCCGGACCGCGCCGCCUGGACCUGUUCUCCUGCCUGCUCCGCCACCGGCUCAAGCUGGCCACCAGCGAGGUGGUGCGGAUCCAGGCCGCCCUCCAGGCCUUCAAUGCCAAAUUGCCCAACACCGUGGAUUACGACACGACCAAAUUAUGUAGUUAACCCGUCACGCCAAGCACAAACCCAAACCCCGGGAGUUUUUACAGUGCUUUUUGUGCAGCCGUUUCUGUUUGGAAGAGUACAUUUAAAAAAACAAACAACAACAACACACUCACACACAAAAUUGUCUUUUCAAUAUCUUGUCUUAUAUCCGUCAAUAACGUUGGAUGGCAGUUCCCACCCGUGGACUUGCUGACCGUGAAUAUAUUCCACUGCAGUCUUGGUUGAUGAAUGAAAUAAAUACUGACACCCGUCUAGAAGACAGUCUACUUUUUACAAUAAAUUUCAUUUGUAAUUUUAUAUGUUCCGUGGCAAUGCUUUUGUGCAUUACAUCCUCUGGAGGGAACAUAAAAAGAUACCAAUAAAAUUUUGUA